AUGUCGUCUGACAACUCUUUCGGACACUUCGUGGCCAAGAACAAGACUGCCGUUGUUGCUACGAUCGCAGCCGGUGCUACGGCAGUGGGAGCGUAUUACUACUAUCAACAACUUCAGCAAACCAAACAACCUUCUGAAAACGAAGAGGACAGUGGUGCUAAAGAGGGUGAAGGCGAGGCCAAGGGUGGCAAGAAGAAGAAGAAGAGUAAGAAGAAGUCACAGACAUCUUCUUCAGCUCCUGUAUAUCCAGUCGAUGCCAACGGGGAACCCGAUUUGAGCAACGUUAAAGACCUGAGUGAGCAGGAAAAGGACAAGGUUGCGGUGGGGCUAAAGGACAAAGGUAAUGAGUUUUUCAAGAGCCAGAAAUUCCAUGAUGCCAUCAAGUUUUAUACGCUAGCCAUUGAGGUGAAAAACGACCCGGUUUUCUAUUCCAACAGAUCUGCGUGCUAUGUAUCUCUGGGCGAACAGGAAAAAGUUGUACAGGACACCACUGAAGCGUUGAAGCUCAAACCAGAUUACUCUAAAUGUUUGCUUCGCAGAGCCACUGCUAAUGAAAGUCUAGGGAAUUUUGCAGAUGCAAUGUUUGACUUGUCUGCAUUGAGUCUAUACGGUGACUUUAACGGGUCUUCUGUGGAACCAUUGUUGGAAAGAAACAUGAACAAGCAGUCGAUGCUUGUUCUCAAGGAAAAAUUAGAGAAGCACAAGCCAAGCCAACUGCCUGCCAACACGGCUCUGGCCUCGUUUUUCGGUAUUUUCAAGCCUGAGACCUCAUUUGACAAUCAUGAUGAAAACUCGGAAGCAGACCGUACUCUGGUCGAUGCUUUGACUAAACUGUAUGAAAGAACUGCUACUGGUUACGAACAAGCUGACAUUGCUUUUGUCAAAGCUCGUGAAUUAUACAAGGCCCUAUUGGACGAAUCACCCGAGAAUGAAGAACUGAAAAAGAAGGCUGCGAUUGCUUUAGAACACGUUGGUAUCUUCAAGUUUUUGAAGAACGAUCCCUUGGCCGCUCACGAAGAUUUGAAGCAAGCCGUUGAAUAUUUCCCCAGACCAAACUCGUACGUUUACAUGGCCCUCAUUAUGGCCGAUAAGGGCCAAGGUGAAGAAUACUUCGAAAACUUUGAAAAAGCUCUAAAGAUCGAUCCUGAUUGUGCUGCUGUAUUCUACCACCGUGGACAGAUGUACUUCAUCACCCAACAAUUUGCUGAAGCAGGUAAAGACUUUGAAAAGGCCAAGGAAUUGAAUGACACGAAUAUUUUCCCUUACAUCCAACUGGCUUGUUUGACUUACCGUGAAGGUAAGAAUAGUGACAGCGAGACGCUAUUCAGCGAAGCUAGAAGAAAGUUCCCAACGGCUCCAGAAGUACCAAAUUUCUAUGCCGAGAUUCUUGCCGAUCAGGGAGACCUUGCCGGCGCUAGAAAGCAAUAUGAGAUUGCUGCAAAACUGGAAAACGCUUUACCUGGAAUUCAUGUGGGCGUGUCUCCAUUGAUUGGAAAAGCCACUUUGUUGUCGAGAGAGCCUACUGUGGAGAAUUUCGUGGAAGCGACGGAACUAUUCGAAGAGGCUUGCAAGAUCGAUCCAAGAUCUGAACAAGCCAAGAUCGGCUUAGCUCAGUUGAAGCUUCAACAAGAGGACAUUGAUGAGGCUAUUGCUUUAUUCGAAGAGGCCGCUGACCUUGCCAGAAGCUUUGACGAAAAACUACAGGCCACAACUUUCGCCGAGGCUUCCAAGAUUCAGAAAAAGAUCAGAGCCGAUGAAUUCAUGAGCAAGAAGAUUGAUGAGACCUUGGCGGCAUACCAUGCCCGUGGUAUGAUGGGUUAG